AUGACAGAACUGGAAUACAACAAUAUCUAUCAGGAAUAUAUGGGCUUAAUGCAUCAAGGACGCAUAAAACUGAGCGAUUCGCAAAUAAACUUUAAAAAUAUCAGAAAUAACCGACUACAAGCCAUUGAUUCAUCAGAAAUCGAAAAGAUAGAUUGGAUGCGAGUUGGAAAUAAGCCUGGCUUACGAAUAUGCAUGUCUUCAGGAAUUCGUCAUCGUUUCGGUGGAUUCGCUGAAAAGGAUUUUGAGGAUAUUAAAAAAUUUGCUCUUGAUAGGUGGAGUAUUGAUGUUGACCAGGUUGAACAGUGUAUCAAAGGCUGGAAUUAUGGGAGAGCGGAAGUGAAAGGGCAAGUACUCGAAUUUGAAGUUGAUGACAAGCCAUGCUUUGAAAUCCCACUUAAUACCGUAAGCAAUUGUACUGCCGGAAAAAGUGAAGCAGCUUUGGAAUUCCACCAAAAUGAUGAUUGUUCUGUAUCACUGAUGGAAAUGCGUUUUCAUAUUCCGACAGAUCCAGAUGCUGAUGAAGAUGUUGACCCAGUGGAAGAAUUCCGACGUGCUGUAAUGCAGUAUGCUGGAAUUGAGACAGAAACAGAUCAACCGGUAGCGAUUUUGCAACAGAUUCUGUGUACAACACCUCGUGGUCGGUACGACAUUAAAGUGUAUCAGAACUAUUUGUCGUUGCAUGGUAAAACGUACGAUUAUAAAAUUCCAAUUCGUACAAUAAUGAGGCUAUUUUUAUUGCCUCACAAAGAUGGUCGUCAUAUGUAUUUCGUGAUCAGCUUGAAUCCACCGAUUCGUCAAGGUCAGACUCGCUACCACUUUUUGGUUCUUGAAUUCUCAAAAGACGAAGAGGUUGAUUUGGACUUAGGUCUUACGUCUGAGCAACUGAAAGAGCAGUACAAGGGGAAACUGGAAAAACGAAUGAGCGGAACUGUGUUUGAAGUUGUAUCCAAGAUAUUUCGGGUUAUGGUUGAUAUGAAAAUAACCGUUCCCGGGAGCUUUGUUGGGCACUCUGGAACUCCAGCAGUUAUGUGUGCUCACAAGCAGGCUUCAGGGUUUUUGUACCCUUUGGAAAAAGGAUUUGUUUAUGUUCAUAAGCCACCGAUGUACAUUCGUUUUGAAGAGAUAAGUUGCGUUAAUUUUGCUCGAUCGGAUGUGUCAACUCGUUCUUUUGACUUCGAAAUUGAAAUGAAAGGCGGCAGUUUAUUGAUUUUCAACAGUGUUGAAAAAGAAGAAUAUAAUCGUCUGUUCGACUUUGUGAACAAUAAGCAUUUGAGAAUCAAAAAUGCGAAGCGAUUGGAUAAACCAACAUAUACAGAAAAUCUUGGUGACAGUGACGAAGAGCUGGAUCCAUACAAAGAGACGCUGAAGCAAGAAGCAAGAAAUAAAGAAGCGGCAGAAAGUGAUGAUGAUACGGACAGUGAAGAUCAUGAUUAUGAUCUCGAAGAAGAUUUGAAGAAAAGAAAGCAUAGCUCCUCAGAAAAUUCAGGAAGUGAACCAGAUGAAGAAUAUGAUAGUGAUGCCGCUCAGUCAUCGGAAAGUGAUUCCGGUGAUCACAAACGGAAAAAAUCACCAAAACCGAAAAAAAAGGAUUUAUCGAAAUCUUCAAAAGGUAGCAAGCGAGAAAAAAAGAAAAAGGAUCCAAAUGCUCCGAAAAAGCCGCAGUCAGCGUAUUUCAUUUGGUUUGGUGAAAAUUACGCAAGCUUUAAAAAGGAAGGAGUCUCUGUGACGGAGGCUGCCCAAAGAGCUGGCAAGAUGUGGAAAGAAAUUGAUGAGGAAACUAAAAAGAAGUAUGAAGAAAGAGCGAAAGAAGAUAAAGAAAGAUAUGCUCGCGAGAUGAAAGAGUAUAUGGCAAAUGGAGGACCUGUAUCUUCAACUGCAUCAACAACUAAAAAGGCAAAAAAGCCAAAACCAGAUUCGCCUGUGAAGCUGAAUUCAAAGACGAAAUCAAAGGAAUACAUUAGCGAUACAGAUAGUAGCAACGAGUCAAAGAAGGAUAAAGAGAAGAAGGACAUCAAAUCGGAAAGCAAUGAUAGCAGUAACGAAGGUGAUGACUCAUAG